AUGCCACUCAGAAAGAAGAGGACGAAGAUCGAACAGGCCAGACACAUCCUGUCUGGCGGAGUGGUAAGGGAGGACUCCGACGAUGAGCUUGGACUGGAAGACCAUCCUUGGGAGUGGAUUUAUGAAAAUGGAAGCAAGAAGGGCACAAUCGUGGGAGCACGCAUGGGCAGCUUCGAAUGUCGCUUGGGAGAUACGGUCUUACUGAAGGCUCCCUCAAACAACGAGGCUUGGGUCGCGAUCCUACACGAAUUUACCGAGGGCGAAAUCGAGGAGGAGGAUGGCGAGGUGGUCAUGGAGAAGCAAGCGACCAUGCUUUGGUUCGCCUCGGAGAAAGAGAUCAGGAGCAAGAACAAGCGAACGGACUUCCUGCAAAAUGAAUUAUACAUGACAGUCACAUCGGAUCAGAAUGCUCUAUCGACGAUCAAUGGCAAGGCGCAAGUGCUUUCGGAGGAGAGAUUCAACAAGCUUUAUCCGACGGGCAAGAUACCGCGCAACAACAAGUACUAUGGCAAGACGUUCACAUGCAGGAGAGGCGUUGCUACGAGGACAGCUACAUAUACGGAACCCUUCAUUUGGGAGGAUGUAUACAAGGGCAAAGACGACAUGGACAGUCUACUGGAGCUUGUUGAGUCACAGACGGUCAAGACUCGACGGAGAAGAGCCACAAGGAAAGAGCAGAUGCUGGACGACUUCGUUAUGGAUGAUGAUGAUUUUGAUGGACCAGCAACUCCCCGCAAGAAACGCAAGCUCACAUCUGCAACUCCAACUCCUUCGAAAGCCAAGCAGCUUACUCCUCGGAAAUUCCUUACUCCAUCAGGACGGAAGAUUGUUACCAAAAAGCCGCUGGAAUUCACCCCGCUCGGGACGCGAGUUCUUUCUCCAGGACAGACACAAGCAUCGCCUUACCAACUUGCGAGAUCUACGUUGCAUGUCUCUGCAGUACCUCACGCACUCCCUUGCCGAGAGAACGAAUUCGACACUGUGUACUCACAUCUUGAGGCGGCCAUCGCUGCAGGCACUGGUUCAUGUAUCUACAUAUCUGGCACGCCCGGGACUGGAAAGACCGCAACAGUACGAGAAGUCGUUGCCAGUCUACAAGCAGCAGUAGCGGAAGAGCAACUUGACGACUUCUACUUUGUCGAGAUCAACGGAAUGAAAGUCACCGAUCCGCAUCAAUCGUACAGUCUGCUAUGGGAAGCUCUAAAGGGCGAUCGGGUCUCCUCAGCACAUGCAUUGGAGCUCCUCGAGCGCGAAUUCACAACUCCCAGUCCGCGACGAGUGCCCUGUGUGGUGCUGAUGGAUGAGCUCGACCAGCUGGUGACCAGAAACCAAGGAGUGAUGUACAAUUUCUUCAACUGGCCGCAAUUACGCCACUCUCGACUGAUCGUUCUCGCGGUCGCCAACACCAUGGAUCUGCCAGAACGCACGCUCUCCAACAAAAUCUCCAGCAGAUUGGGCCUGGCUCGAAUAACAUUCCCAGGCUAUACUCACACACAGCUCAUGGCGAUCAUUCAAAGUCGACUUGAAGGCGUCGGCAAUGUCAUCGUGGAGUCGGAUGCCGUUCAAUUCGCUAGUCGAAAAGUCGCUGCCGUCUCGGGCGACGCUCGCAGAGCGCUGGAUGUAUGUAGAAGAGCAGUGGAGAUCGCAGAGCAGGAAAGCCUAGAGGAGGUAUCCGGCAAGGAGAACCAGCCACCUAACACACCCAGCAAGACUCCGGGGAAGCAGAAGCCCGCCGCGGCCGCGGCUUCGUCUUCAAAGAAGGGUAUCGUCACAAUUGCCACCAUCAAGCGUGCCAUAAACGAGGCGACUUCAACUCCUCUGGCCGCUCAUCUUCGGUCCCUCCCCUUGGCGAGCAAGCUCUUUCUCGCAGCUUUACUUGCCAGGCUUCGGCGGACAGGCAUCACGGAGUCCACACUCGCCGAUGUCGUCGAAGAAGCCAUGCGCAUGGGCCUGACGGCACAAAACAAGAAUGUGGAAACACAUCUCCUGACGCCAGACUCUGUCAGCGAGCAACAGAAUGAUGAGGAGCUGACUGGCGCAUUGUCAAUGACGCCUUCAAGAAAGGGAAGGCAAGCUGCGAAGAAGGACAUCGAGCGUGCACCAAGAGUUUUGGCAUUUGGCACUGCGGCGCAGGAGCUGGCUGAGGCGGGCAUCGUUGGCGUGGAAAACAGACACGGUGACAGGGUGGGAAGAGUCAGGCUAGGGGUGGGAGAGGAAGAUGUUCGCGGCGCGUUGAGAGAAGAUGAGGAAUGUCGAGGGCUUGGAUUCGGAGGCUGA